GCCCUCAGCAUGGACAGAGAAGGCUGCCAGGCUACGUCAGGUCAUCAUGGACAUUGUCCACGUUGACGUGCACCGCCCUCAGCCUCUGGCCCUUGAUGUCCUUCCUGCAGCAGGGGCCGACUGUCUCAUGUCCUCCUACUGUCUGGAGGGUGCCAGCCCUGACCUGGCUGCCUUCACCAGGGCCCUGGGCAACAUUGGAAGGCUCCUGCGGCCCGGUGGCCACCUCCUGCUCAUCGGAGCUCUGGGAAUGAGUUACUAUAUUGCGGCGCCUGGGUUAAAGAUCCCUACGGUCCCACUGAAUGAGGCCCAGGUCUGUGCUAGUUUGAAGGAGAACGGCUACACCCUGAUCAGGCUGGAGGUUUACACAUUGCCUCAGGACAUGAACGUGAAGUUUGAUGAUGGGUCUGGGGUGUUUUUUGUAAAGGCAAUGAAGAAGUAAGUGUGAGAAAAGGGGGAAAAAGAUCCCAGAACAAUCCAGGUCGCCGCUAACCGGAAGUCUGCUGGAUAACGGCAUAUGUAUACACAGGUAAGACCAUUAAAAUGAGAGCCUUUAAACUGUGAUUAUUUAGUCAAUAAGCGUCAAUAAGCGAAAACAAUACAGAA